UGCGAAGCAAUGUUGGCAGGAAAUGUGGAUCUACUGCAUUCUAAGACGCUACGGAGUCUGUGUUCCACUGAGUGCUUUAUUGUUCUUGUGUUCUUUGCCCCCAUGGAGUUCGUAACUUAUUAGGCUACCUUGCUGUUAUAAAUAAGCAGGAUGGGACUGUUUGACAGCACGGUUCCUUUCAAGGGACAGGUAUACAAAGACUUGAAGAAUAAGGCAAUCAAGUCUGGGGCGCUUUUUACGGAUCCGGAAUUUCCUCCGAGGGGUUCGUCCAUAUAUUUCAGUAAACCCGCACCUACGGAUAUCAUCUGGAAACGACCUGGGGAGCUAGUAUCGAACCCAAAGUUUUUCGAAGCCGGCGUGAGUGCAGACGACUUCUCCCAGGGUUCCCUUGGCAACUGCUGGUUCGUAGCCGCGUGCGCAUGCCUUGCAGAGGACUCCAAACUGUGGAAGAAGAUUAUGCCCGAUCAUGAGGAGCAGGAAUGGAGCGAGAGCAACAAGUACGCGGGGAUAUUCCACUUCAAGUUCUGGCGCUGCGGGACAUGGGUGGACGUUGUCAUUGACGACUACCUACCCACACGCGGAGGUAGACUGAUAUAUGUCCAUUCCAACACACGCAAUGAAUUCUGGUCAGCGCUGUUGGAGAAAGCAUAUGCAAAACUGGCGGGAGACUAUGAGUCCCUGGUGGCCGGAAAUUCUAAGGACGCGCUCGUGGACAUGACGGGAGGCGUCGGGGAGCGGCUCGAUCUCGCCGACUUCAAGACGCAGGAGCAACGGAAGGAUCUGUUUCGCAUCCUGCGUCACUCCAAGGAGAACCACUCCCUGAUGAGCGCCUCUAUAAUGGCUACCGGCAGAGAGAUGGAGGCGAAGCUAUCCUGCGGUCUGGUGAAAGGCCACGCCUACAGCGUCACAGCCGUAAAGAAAAUUAAGCUGGGAACGGGACUAUUUUCUAUCUUCGCGCGCGACCACCUGCAGAUGGUGCGGUGUAGGAAUCCAUGGGGUGGGACAGAAUGGAAAGGGGCGUGGAGUGAUGGUUCUCCAGAAUGGAAAAAAGUCAGCGAGAGCCAGAAAAAAGAGCUCGGACUGACUUUUGAUGACAAUGGGGAGUUCUGGAUGUCCUACGAAGACUUCUGCCAUUACUUCACAAGCAUGGAUAUCUGUCACAUGUUCAACACCUCGUUUUUCUCCAUUCAAAAAACGUGGCGGGAAGGCAAGGUCAAGGGUCAAUGGAGAACCCCGGAUAGAUGUGGCGGCUGUGGCAAUCACUCUACAUUCCUCAACAACCCUCAGUACCUAUUCGAUAUUGUUCAAGAUGAGGAGGAGAUGAUGAUAUCUCUGGAGCAGAAAGACAAACGUGUGGAAAAGAGCUCAGAUAAUUUCACCAUCGGAUUCACAAUUUUGAAGGCCGAUAUCAACCGGAAGUACCGAGUUCAUGAUCGUCUUGACCGGAUCUGCUCGGGGCCGUUUGUGCUAUCAAGGAGUGUGUUCAAUCGGGUCAAACUCUCAAGGGGGCGCUACUGCAUCAUUCCUUCCACUUUCGACCCAAGACAAUGUGGGGAAUUUGUGCUUAGGAUGUACGCUAGCAAUACCAUGAACUUAAUAGAGCUGUUGCACGAUGAGCCGCUGCCCGGCAAGUUUUGCUGUAUCACGAUGCAGAGGAGGCAGGUCGCCGCCACACAGGUCACGAUCGUUAAGGCCGAGGGGCUAGAGCCACCAGACAACGGCAAUACUGCUGAUCCAUACUGCAUCAUCAAGUGUGAAGGCCGCACUAUAGAGACUCAUUACAAGGAGAAAACACUGACUCCAGAGUGGAAUGACAGGGUGACUUUGUACCGAAAGAAGCCAUAUGAAGAAAUUACCAUAGAGGUUUGGGACCACAACGUCAUCAAGGAUCAACUGAUGGGCGUAGUAACCCUACCCAUGGACAAACCUCAGCAGUACACGGGCGGCAAUGUCAUUAAAGGUUAUGGGCUCUCUGUGAAGGGCAAGGAUGGACCCGUCAAUAAGCCCGGCCGCUUGUGGCUAAAGGUGUUCCACACGGACAACAUGGCCAGCGUGUGACGUCACGAACGUGGCCAGCAUGUGACGUGACGCUUAUAAGCAUUUAACUCUUGGUACUAUUUGCACUUUUUUUUAAAGGAUAGUUUGCAGAAAAUAUGUGUGAACUAAAUUUAAAAAUGAGUCAUUGGCUGUAAAUUUGACCAUGAAACGAAUAAUCAUAAGAAUGUUCUUAUUUGAGCGUAAUGACCUUUACUUUGAGUAUUAUCCUUUAUUUAAGCCGUGCUACGAAUUUAAAAUAUUGAAGAUUUGUUGAAACUUGAACAAAUCUUGAUUAAUUAUUGAGAAUGAAUAUGAUAAGGAUGUAUGCUAUCUGUUUAUUAAGAUUAAAAGUACACUGUACGAAUCUUAUGUUCUUUGUUUUUGCUAUUUUCAACAGUAUUUAAGUGAUAUUAUAUCAUGGUUGUCAUUAAACAAUUUUUCCUCGUCAAAGCUCGUCCAUCGUAGUUAAUGACCCACUUCUGACAGUAACUUUAGGCUGUCUUACGAAAAUGAAAUGACAUUGCAAAUAAAUUCACGACUGGUCCCCGCACGCGCUAGGUAGAAGAUGGUAUACUGUUGUUUUUGUAAUAGACUAGAAUAAUUAUGGUUCUGUUAUAUUGAUUUUGUUAAGUUCAAACAAUGUUUUUGUAUUAAAAUAGAAUAAUGUUGAUGUGAUAAUUAUUCUAUACACACAUGUUUGAACGUAUAUUCAAACUUUUAUCUAUGAGUGAUCAAAUUGCGUUUUUUAAACCAUGAAUUUACUCUAAAUGACACAUAUAUUUAAGAAAGUGUUGAUAUACAUAGGUACUAUUAAAAAAAAUCCACCCUGAUGCAAUUUUAAAUUUAUUCUUUGGAAUUUUACUUGAUGCCAUGUUUAAUUCGUUCACUAUGUGUACAUGUUAACUACAAAUGUAUGGAAUUACGUUCGUUAUGUUUCUGACAAAUACUAAUUUUGAAAUAUUCAAAUCGCGUUUCAGCUAUUUGAAUGGUAAUAAUAAAAUCGGAUAUUCGAAUAUGUGAAUACUUUUGUCACACUUGUCUCUUUUCUUGCCACGCAUAUUUGAUAAUUUUUGAAUGCGUCCAUUUUGCAUGGUCAGUUUAAGUCUUGUUUCUUCAUGUCGACGUUUUGUUUAUGUCUGCAAUCGAGUUUAUGCCGUUCCAUUUAAAGAUUACAGAGUCGAUUUCGAAUUUUGUGAUAAUGCUGUAAUUGUAGUUUUUCUUGUUGUUUAAUUGCCAUAUUACUUGUGCUGUUUGUUAUUCGUCUUGUUACUUUGCCUGGAGCUAGUGAUACAUAAUCAAAAUUCGCUUUUAAUUUAUGCACGCUUAUGGACUUUUGGGUAUAUCAAUUCAUAAUAAUGUUUUGUUAGUAUGUCCCCACUGUAAAUAUAAUAACAAAUAGAAACACACAGUUAAAACACGUUUAUGUUUUUAUGUUUUGCUAAUUUAUUUAAAAGAAAUAAUAGCUGUGCUAGAUAUAUGGCGUGCAUACCUAUUUGUGUCUGUUUUUCGCUUAUCAAAGAACCUCUGGGUUAUAAAUUUUAUUACGCAAUUAUGUGAUUAACCGGCUUUUUGAAUUAUGUACUCAUUUGAACAUUUUAUUAUCAGCUAUGCAUCGUAAAGAGAGGUAUUGCAACAAGAGUUUUGGCUAAUUUGAUGCCAUGUCAUAUAUUGCAUAUAGCCAGAUAAAUUUUUGCUGUUCGUAACAUGUAUACACAUUUUUAUACAUUUACCUUUAUUUGUGCAAUUAGAUUUUUAGAAUCUCAGAAAAGUGAUGUAACCAAAUAUGAAAUAGCAUUCAUAUUUAUAUAUAUAUAUAUUGAUGCAUAUUUUUGCUAGAGAGAAAAAAAUAAAUUUUGAAA